AUGUUGGGCAUGUACGUGCCCGACAGGUUCUCCCUGAAGUCGUCCCGGGUGCAGGACGGGAUGGGGCUCUACACGGCCCGCAGAGUCGCAAAGGGUGAAAAGUUUGGACCGUUCGCUGGAGAGAAGCGGAUGCCGGAAGACUUGGACGAGAACAUGGAUUACAGGCUCAUGUGGGAGGUCCGCGGGAGUAAGGGAGAAGUUCUGUACAUCUUGGAUGCCACCAACCCGCGGCACUCCAACUGGCUGCGCUUCGUGCACGAGGCUCCGUCGCGGGAGCAGAAGAACCUGGCGGCCAUUCAGGAAGGAGAGAAUAUUUUCUACUUGGCGGUGGAAGACAUAGACACCGACACAGAGCUGCUGAUCGGCUACCUGGACAGCGACAUGGAGGCCGACGAGGAGGACGAGCCGCCGGUCGCCGCGGGGACCCAGGAGGGGGAAGGUAAACACGCUCGAGGUCGGCACCUGGGGGGACAGGUGCGCUGCUUCGGCUGCGACGGGGACCGCGCCUGCCCGCAGUGCGAGUCCAGCUUCGCCAGCGAGGAGGUCCUGGCCGAGCACCUCCUCAGCCUGCACCAGACGCCCCGCGAGGAGAAGGAGUUCAAGUGCAAGGGCUGCGGGAAGACCUUCCCGGUGAAGCAGGCCCUGCAGAGACACGUCCUUCAGUGCCCUGCGAAGAGCCGUCUGAAGGAUUCUUCCAGAAGUUUCCAGUGCUCCGUGUGUGACUCCCCCUUCAGCUCGGCGUCCAGUUGUGAGCAGCACCAGGAGACUUGCCGGAGCAGAGCCAGGUUCGUGUGCAAGGCCGGCAGCUGUGGGAAGAGGCUGAAGAGCAGGGACGCCCUGAGGAGGCACCAGGAGAACGUCCACGCGGGAGAUCCUAAGAAAAAGCUCAUAUGCUCAGUGUGCAGUAAGAAGUGUUCUUCAGCCUCAAGCCUGCAGGAGCAUAGAAAGAUUCAUGAGAUAUUUGAUUGUCAAGAAUGUAUGAAGAAAUUUAUUUCAGCGAAUCAGCUGAAACGUCACAUGAUCACUCACUCAGAGAAACGACCCUAUAAUUGUGAGAUUUGUAAUAAAUCUUUCAAGAGGCUCGACCAAGUGGGUGCCCACAAAGUAAUCCACAGCGAAGACAAACCCUACAAGUGCAGGCUCUGCGGAAAGGGGUUUGCCCACCGGAAUGUUUACAAGAAUCACAAGAAGACGCACUCCGAGGAGAGGCCGUUCCAGUGUGAGGAGUGCAAGGCGCUGUUCCGCACCCCGUUCUCCCUGCACCGGCAUCUGCUCAUCCACAACAGUGAGAGGACGUUCAAGUGCCAUCACUGUGAUGCCACCUUCAAGAGGAAGGACACCUUGAACGUGCACGUCCAGGUGGUCCACGAGAGACACAAGAAGUACCGGUGCGAGCUGUGCAACAAGGCCUUCGUGACCCCGUCCGUGCUGAGGAGCCACAAGAAGACACACACCGGAGAAAAGGAGAAGACCUGCCCGUACUGCGGCCAGAAGUUCGCCAGCAGCGGCACUCUGAGGGUGCACAUCCGGAGCCACACCGGCGAGCGCCCCUAUCAGUGCCCCUACUGCGAGAAGGGGUUCAGCAAGAACGACGGGCUGAAGAUGCACAUCCGGACCCACACGCGGGAGAAGCCGUACAAGUGCUCCGAGUGCAGCAAGGCCUUCAGCCAGAAGCGAGGCCUGGACGAGCACAGAAGGACACACACCGGGGAGAAGCCCUUCCAGUGCGACGUGUGUGACUUGGCUUUUAGCCUUAAGAAGAUGCUGAUCCGGCACAAGAUGACCCACAACCCCAACCGUCCGCUGGCCGAGUGCCAGUUCUGCCACAAGAAGUUUACCAGGAACGACUACCUCAAGGUGCACAUGGACAACAUCCACGGCGAGGCUGACAGCUGA